AUUACUGCAACUCUUUGUGAUGUACUGAACACGACUGGUUACUCGCAUCAAUGCCUCUGUCUCGUCAUUUAACAUUCAAACAGUGACUGAGCAUUGCAACCAAAAGCAGUCACAAGAAGCAUGCAAAAAUAGAUGCUAUACCCUCAGAACUGGAGCAAGUAUAUGAGUUAUUUGUUCCUAAAGGUGCACUAUGCAUAAAUUGCUCUGUCAUUUCCUGGUUGCUCAAAUUCUAAUAGGUCACCUAAUUUCAGUUUGUGACCAAACAAGCAAGUAUAAUAUAGAGAAUCAUUGUACCAUCUAAACAACUGUGAAACAUAUUUUCGCUAAUCAAAAAUAUUGUAUUUUCAGCUGUUUGAAGUUGGCGUACAAAACUGAAAGCAAAAGACACAAAAACUCAAGAACAGGGAAGCAUAGAAAUAGUGCACAUAGAAUAACAGAUCUACCACUUCUUAGACAUGCUUUAAAUGAGAAUGAAAGAUAUAUAACUCGCUUUUCUAUGUGAAUUUGGUAGGGUCGCCCCAAAAGUGAUAUUGCAGCUUUAAUUAUGGGUUAGUGUCAGGGGAGAUUUGUCAUUCGAAUUAAAUUAAAGUCAUCAUGGAAGUUGCAAUGGUCCCACUGGGCACACACUAGUUGAAUCAACAUUGUUUCCAAGUCAUUGCAAUGUAAUUACGUUGAACCAACGUGGAAUUGAAGUUGAAUUGACAUUGUGCCCAGUGGGGUGACUUCUGUCCUUUCUAGCAUGGAGAUAAAAACAGAAUAAGGCUUACUGGGUCAGAGAAAUCAGUCCUGACAAUGCUUCAACCUCUCCUCUCUUUACUAACUACUUCAAUCUUCCUUCCGUCCCCAUCAACUCACUCUGUUCUGCACCGGGCUUCACACUCAAACUAGAACACCACAGUUCAGCUUCCUCUUCCGUCCGUUAAGAAAGUACCUCUCUACCUUUACUUCAACAAGGUCAGUCUCACUGAAACUUAAAAUCUGUUUCUACAAAAAAAAACUGGUUAAAAUAGCAGCACACACAGUUGGCCUCCUGCCCAUGACCAAGAGACCAUGACCAAGAGACCAUGACUAAGCACAACCAUCUCCAUCAGUGAUGCGUGUGUCAGCACGGAGGGUGUUAACAGGGCUCCUGAUCCUGGGUGGAAUCUCCACCCUGACCCAGUUCCUGCGUUUCUGUCUACCCUGCCGGCAGCCAUCCCAGGGUGCGGGCGAACCUGUGACCGUGCUGGUCCGGGACGGGUGGAGGGUUAGUUCUGACGUUCCCCUGGUGUUUGUGGGAGGGGUGCCUCGCUCCGGGACCACCCUGAUGAGGGCCAUGCUGGACGCCCACCCUGCGGUGCGGUGUGGGGAGGAGACGAGGGUCGUACCCAGGAUACUGGGCCUUAUGCUGGGCUGGGCUGCUGAGAAGGAGGGGGUCAGCACCAAGGUCCUGGACCGAGCGGUCACUGCCUUCCUCCUUCAAAUCAUAGCAGGACAUGGGGAGCCAGCACCUCUACUCUGCAAUAAAGACCCCUUUACUUUGAAGAGCGCUAAGUACCUCGCUCAUCUUUUUCCCAACUCUAAGUUCCUGCUGAUGCUGAGAGAUGGCCGAGCGGCGGUGUACUCUAUGAUUUCGCGUCGCGUGACGAUCGGUGGAUUUGACCUCUCCAGCUAUAGGGACUGCCUGGCCAAGUGGAGCCGAGCCACACAGGCCAUGCUGACACAGUGCACUCAGGUGGGCAGUAAGAGGUGCCUGGCUGUGAGGUAUGAGAGGCUGGUCCUCCACCCUCGCUCCACCCUGCAGACAGUGCUAAAGUUCCUGGGUCUGCCGUGGCACGAGGGGGUUCUGCACCAUGAAGAGGCUAUAGGAAAACCUGGAGGAGUCUCACUGUCAAAAAUGGAACGGUCCACAGACCAGGUGAUGAGGCCAGUGAACUUAGACGCUCUGACUCGGUGGGUAGGUCACAUGCCCCCAGACGUAAUGGCAGACAUGGACGCUAUCGCCCCCAUGCUGGGGAGACUAGGCUACGACCCCAGAGCCAACCCACCUAACUAUGGACAGUCUGACCCACAGUUCCUCAACAACACACAAAGGCUUCUGAGGGGAGACUUUAAAACUCCUGUAGCAAGCCUACAUCAGAAAGGACGUCCUCUGAUGUCCAUGAAAGGUUCACAGACAGAGAGGUGACAGGGUCAGCGCCUGGAACAACGGUCACCCCUGACCUAUGACCCCUGAUUAUCCUCUCAGGGAAGACAACAGCAUCAACCAAAAGGCUGGUGGCUAAGCACCAAGCACAGUCAGAGGGCAUAACCAUGCAUGUGCUCUAGACCUCAUUGAUAGGAAGAAGUGAAGUACAAUGGAGAAAAGUAUAUUAUAUUGUUUUUUUACAUUUCCAAAAUGUGUUUACUUACCUGAAUAGGUUCUCCCACUGCCUCCAUUUUUUUGGGGUCCUUACAAAAAUAAAAUAAUGGCCAAUCUUCACUAUAUUUUUGGUGAUAUCAAAGUGCCGCCAGCAGCUAUGUGGAUGAAUGGAGACAAGGGAAAAAAUAGGCUCUUUGAGAAUCCAAUAAUUAAUUACUUACACAAUCGUCUCUAAUAUGUAGGCUCAGCAUUCCUGAACAAUCCAAUUACAAGUCAGAAUGUUAAAUAAACUUAUUUUUAAGUUACUUUACCUGUUGUCUGCUGAUUUUGUCCUUAUGUAGGAGGUAAUCUGAGACAAAAUAUCCACAAACGUUAUUAGCCAGACUUUCAGUACGCUGGUCUGUAUAUGGUUGGUAUUUCUGGAUAAAAUGUUCAAUACUGAUGUAAUUCGCAGGUUACAAACACUUGCACAAUAUGACUGAGCCUAACCAAACCACAGCUGAUUGAGAGGUAACUGAGCCUAACCAAACCCCAGCUGAUUGAGAGGUAACUGAGCCUAACAAAACCACAGCUGAUUGCGAUGCAUGCUUCAGUCGAUUAUGUUCGGUUACAUUCGGCUAUUGCUGACAUAUUGUGCAUCACAUGCUAUGCGUAAAGAGAUUGAAAAUACAAGUGACAGAACCCACAAGCACCACAAAAAGUUGUCUAAACAACCCUUUGUUGUGGAUAGCCCAUCCCCACCUCCUACCACCAAAAGGACCAACAGCAUGUACAACCGGUAAAGUAAGUGUAAAUAUAAUUGUAUUCAACAUUCUGGCUUGUAAAGACUAUUGAGUCAUUUUGUGGGCGACUUCGAUCAUACUGAUGAUCCAUGAGGUAACCAUAGUAACAGUCUGAUGUUUAAAAAAAACAUCAGACUGUCACCAGAGCAGUUUAGAAGGUGUUGCAGAGCUCUGCUACCCUAUCCCAACAGGCCUGACGUUAUACAUCGGGUUAGGGCAGGAUAAUACCUGUUUUUAAAUAACUAGGGUAUGGGUAGGGCUCAGGUAUUACUAAAUUGAUCACUAACAUUUUGUAGAUAAGUAAUUUGCUCAAUGCUCUGCUCUGCUGUGCAGUGCAGUCAUAUAUAAGAUCAUAACAGAGGUACGUAAAACCUCGUCAAAUAUAAAACAGGUUUAUUUCCCAAAAAGUAUAAUGUAACACAACUAACUGCUCUCUCAUGUCUCUUCAUUCGUUGACCAGAGCCAGAUAUACUUUGAGGAGAUGAGAAACUCCAUUUGAAUCGUUGCCCAUGCUACGUCAGUGGGCCGUGCGGUGCAUUCUGGGCAAUUCGAGGACAAGGAGAGCUCUCCUUCAAGGAGUGGAUGUAGUCAAUUGGGUGCUAGCUGAGGAGCAGCUAAUGGAUUUACUAACCCAGGAAGAUAUUUCUGAUUUCGGGUUUCGGGAAGGGCUGGAUUGGGCCUUAAAUUUGGCAGCCGCAAUCGGGCCUGGGUAGGGUAGGGCCUGAACGUCACAGGCAUGGGUAAAGGCUCAGGCUUAAAAUUCAUGCCGUGAAGGGCUCAAAUUGUGACGUUUGACUUUACCAUUUAAAUAUAAAUUGCAGACUGUCGGCCACACUUGAUAACUUGAAAACGGUGAGGCACAUAACACACCCCUUCUACUGGCAAUUGGGGGGGAGGGUUCUUGAAAUGUAACAUCCAAUCAAAAUCAGCGGACAAUUCAAACCGUCUUUGCAAUACAAAAUUCUCCAGACCUCCAAGAGAGGCGUGACAAUGAUGUGAUUUUGGAGGUAUGGCAACCAUAAACCAGUAGACGUAUUCCUAUGGAAAUGUCCUGAUGGCGCAUGAAGCCGGAAGUAUUUGAAUUUGAAGCAUGCCAUAUAGCUGAAUGGGGCUGAAUGGCACCAAAAGAUUGAUAAGACUCAUGGUGAAUGUGGACAUAACUAGCAAAGGAUCACGGUCGAUGUAAUCAUUUUCAUCCUGCCUGGGAGAGUCAACCUUAAUGUCUAUGGCAAGGAGGCGCAAUCCACCUCAUAGCCUGCAGGCCCGUGAUUGAUAUGUCAGCACGUGGUCCUGUGUGACAACAAAUGUAGUAGUCAGAAUGGAUAACUAUUUAACUAAAUAUCUUGAUUUGUCGCAAACUUUAAAAUAAUUCAUAGUGGGCAUCGAACUUCAUCAUAAUAAUCUAAUUUUAUAGCCCAAAACGAGCGUCCCUCUCAAAAAACUGUCAGUUUUGGCGAUUGAAGCCGACCAGUCGAGCUUGUGACUUCACGUUCCAGAUAGGACACUGUGGUCCUCAUUGCAACACGAGACUAGCUAGAUAUAGGCUGGUUGAUGUUAGGAUAAGGAGUCUUUUAUAAGGAGGUGGGAAGUGGGGAAUGACUGUGCCUGUUUGUGUAGAAUUGAUCCAUGCUGUAAAUAAUUUGUUUCUAUUAAAUCAAUGUUAUGACCUAAAAUAAACUGUUCAAUCCCUGUUA